AAUAGAAUCCGGGUUGCCCGUUUUAUCCGGCCCACAUAGUUCCAUAUAUAGAAUCAUCGUUGAGCCUCUAGGGUUUCCAAACCCUGAACGCCAGCUUCCUUGCUUCUCUGCAGCAAUUGCAAAAACAAGGGUUUUCCUAGCCAACGGCUAUCAAUCAUGAUUAUUUCAGAGAAGAACAGGAGGGAGAUCUCCAAGUAUCUCUUUCAAGAGGGAGUUUGCUACGCAAAGAAGGAUUUCAACCUUGCAAAACACCCAAAUAUCGAUGUCCCAAAUCUGCAGGUUAUUAAGCUUAUGCAGAGUUUCAAGUCCAAGGAGUAUGUUCGUGAGACAUUUGCAUGGAUGCACUACUACUGGUACCUCACAAAUGAUGGGAUUGAGUUUUUGAGGACUUACCUUAAUCUUCCAUCAGAAAUUGUUCCUGCUACAUUGAAGAAAUCUGCAAGGCCCACUGGUCGGCCAAUGGGUGGCCCACCUGGUGAUCGCCCCCGAGGCCCACCUCGCUUUGAUGGAGACCGCCCAAGAUUUGGUGAUCGUGAUGGGUACCGUGGAGGCCCUCGAGGGGGUGAUUUUGGUGGUGAAAAGGGAGGUGCUCCAGCGGACUUCCAGCCAUCGUUUAGGGGCUCAGGUGGUAGGCCUGGCUUUGGUCGUGGUGGUGGUGGUGGUUAUGGUGGGGCAGCUCAAACUAGUUCUUCUGGAUUUGCUUAAAGGUCUUCAUGCAUUUUUGCCAUUUAUGUGUUACUUAUGUAGCAGUGCAAGCGGAAGAUUUGUUUUGAUGCCCUUAUGGUAGUGUUUUUGUAAGCUUCAAAUUAUAAGUACCAAGCUUGUUUUGGGAUUCUAGAUUUAUAAAUAACUUGAUUUAAGCUUUCUGUGGUGUAAUCGAUAAAAUGGUUUAAUUACUUGCUUACCUCUCUUGCUUUUUCUGUACUGGCGAGUUAGCCGUGGGGUUAGAGAUAAGUACUCGUUCCAGCCUAGAAAACUAGGUUUGCUGCAAUUUUUAUACAGAUUAGGAAAAAUUAUUAAUAUGGUUUAAAUAGUAAA